UGUUCGCGUGGUAAGAGGCAGUAAGAGACGGUGAGCGCUGCUCAGGAAGGGCCGCCCCAAGGAGACGGCUGCGUGGGACAGGGUUGGCAGUAGGACCUCUGUCUGUAUUGUUUCAUUUAAUCUGCAAUUUGGGGGAGGCAAGAAAUAUUUACAGCUAUGUUAGCGACCUCUGAAAGGGACUUGAUGUGGGAUAUCACAGGAAGGAACAUCAAGAAAUUUAUGGAUGCCCUCCAAGUAGCUGGUGAGGUAUCAGCUGAUAAUGUCUUAGAAACUCUCAAGCUAUUAGAAGUCAAAAUCUUAAAUAAUAAAAUGUCAACUACACUGUGCCAGAAGGUGACAGAUACCAUCAUCACCUACCUGAAUAUGUUGAAGCCACAUGGAGAACUGGAGGAGAUGUGUUCAUCACUCUUAAUGGCUGUGGGGUCCCACUUCCCAGGAAUGGUCAUUGUCAAGCUGUGGGACAGACCUGAUCUGCAGAGCCUGCCCCCAAGGAGCCUCUUGGUGGCAGUGGGGAAACUUAACCUCUACCAGGGUACGAUCACCUACAUUGGUGCUACAUGGAAUUAUAUCCUGCGAUUGCUGAGGAUGGCUGAGGAGGAGGAGGAUAUGUUGGCGAUGUGUCAUGUGCUCAGCAGAUUGGUUGUCAGUGCCCGGAAGCAUCUGGAUAUGGGCUCUAAGGAUGGUGAAGAAAGGGACAUAACACCUGAGACAGCGUCUAUCAAGGCCUACCACACCCUUCGGGUUCUGUUCAACCGUUGGCCCCUGAAGGACACGAAGAAGGUAGCAGAGCAGGCUCUGGUGAUAGUAGGCCAUCUCUUCUUCCUCAUGUCACCAUACAAACUCAAGAACCAAGUGAACUGGUUAACACAACGGUUAAUGACCUUAAUGUCAGCAAGACUGAAGCCUUUCUACAUUUCCCAGUGUAUUUGUCAACUCUUGGAUGCUCUGACUCUCAGUGGCUCUGGAGGAGUCAAUUUGCUGUCACAGAUAGAAAAUGUCACAGACAUGCUGUUCAAGCUGGUGAGUGAAAAAAUCACCAACACAGAUCCUCAUUCUGUGCAGAACCACAACGUUUCCCUGAGGGCUUUCUCCCUGUUGACCAAGUUGUACAAUAAUCAGAUGGUAUCUUUAAUACGAAAGACCAUGGAAUCCAAGGAUCCAGCCAGGGUUAUGUCAGCCCUUCAGGUCUUCCGGGAUGUAUUCCAUGUUGUGUCCCAGACAGAGAAACUGCAGAGUGAGGUGAUAAAUUCUGUCAUCAUGGUGAUACAGGAGGAUUUCAAGCCAGUGCGUGGAGCCCUCCUGAACUUCAUUGAGACCCUGAGCCAGUAUGACUACUUAACCCUGUCCCAGGGGAACGUGGUCAUUGACUACCUCAUCAAGCUCAGCCAGUCCAACUCCUCAAAUGAAGAGGAUAUUCGAAUAAUGUGCUUCAAAAUCCUACAGAUGGUGUCCUUGCCCAUACUGAUUACCUUGGUGUGUCAUCCCAGCAACAUCUUGGCCUUUGUAACUCUGAGUAAGGCAGCCACAGAGAUAGCUCUAAAGGCACGGACCCUGGGCCAGGUCCCCUACCUCAGCAACUUCCACCUCAUGCCUAACCAGGUCGUCUCCCCUCAGAAACUACUGACCUAUCUUGUGUUGCUUUCCCUGAAGCCUUACAGAGAAAAGGAGUUUGGUGUGAGCUCCUUAAGGCUCUUAUAUGCCUUGCAUCCUAUCACUUCCCUGCAUCCUGUUAUCAACUCAGAUGUGGGCCAGGUUUGGAAGAAGGAGAUACCCCAGAUGUUGCAGAUCCUGGAUGAUAAUACUGAGAAGACCCUGAAUCAUAAGGAGUGGGAGGAAAGACUCCUCCAUGUGAGGCCCUCCCUGAGAGACACCUCUCUCCACCCAUUUUCAGGUCAGUCAUUAGUGGCCAUCAAUGAUGAUGACUGGCUGGAAAAACUCGCCAAAACCAUCUUGGAGAAGAUAAAUUACUUUAAUGAUGAGGAGGAGAAGGCUUUCCUAUAUAAAUUCUUUGGCUUCACCCUGCGGACCUCAAGGAAUCUUCAGCUGGUGAAGACCAUGCUCUCAUCCAUCCUGAACAGUGCCCAUGAGGAACUGCAGGAGAGAGAGGGCAUUGCUGUGGCGCUUGGCAUCGUGUCCUUGGGACAUCUGAAGAUAACUCUGGAUGAGCUGAAGGAAUAUAGUACUACACUCAUGGACCAAGACACAUCAUCCAUUCUCAAAUUGAUGAAGGAAUAUCAGCAAAGGGAGUGGGGGCUGGUCUGCAGCACCAUCUACUUAAGCUAUGGCAAGAUUAUCUUAGAGAGCAAGGGAGCCAUCUUCCAUCAUUUGGAUAAUAUCCUGGCCUCAGUCCUACAGCACUACCACAACUGCAUUGUGGAAAAGGAUAACAACGUGAAGGUGGAUUUCUUGAAUGCUCUAUCCCGUGUGACAGUCAUCCUGAGCAACCUGUCCAUCACCUUGCAACAUGACAUUCCCCAAAAAAUAGAAAUUAUAUCCUUCAUGGUGGAGCUAAUCAGGGAGGAGCCAGUGAACUGUGUCUCCAGCUCCAUUAGACGGACGGCCAUGAACAUCAUCACUGACUUCAGGAAUUUCAAGCCUCUCUUAGAACCAGAAAACACAGUAGAGGUGCUUCAAACAUGCUUCAAGAGUGUGCUGUCCCUGCCAUCCUCCAACGUCAUACGGAAAGAAGCAUCUAGUCCCAAGGAGGGCCAGGCCAAUGUGGAACUAUUCAGGGAGACCUUACAAUCUCUUCGAAGAGUAAUGGAAGCACUCGUCACUGAGAAGGCCACUCAGAUCCAUGUCUGCUUGCAGGUACUGAACACGUGGCUUAACUCCCUGAAGGACAGUGAGCGGGAACGGGCCAUGUGGUGUGCUGCUCGUAUUCUUGGCUUCACUGCGAAAAUGAAUAACUUUGAAGUAGAAAUUCAGUUUACCUGGCUGGGGUGCCUGGUAAGGCUGCUGGCCAUACGUUGUCAGGACCCAGUGGACAACAUCUGCUUCUUGUCUGCCCAGGCUGUCUACAACCUCUACUGUAUCCUCCAGCAGCAAAAGCAGGUGACAAGGAAAAAACAAGGCUUGUGGGAAGAAGAGCACAAAAAUGAGGUCUAUAGUGCCAAUGUAUUCUAUAACAACACCUAUAGAAUUGCCAAGGCAUUUGCAGAGUACUUCACCCAGAUCCAGCUCACCAACCUUGUGCUGACAGCCGUGAAUGACCUAACUGACAGUGAGUCCAAGGUGUCUCUGGCUGCAGCCCAGCUAAUGAGUGCAGUUAUGAAAGAACGGGGAAGAGACAUGCUAAAGAUCGAGGAGAUUGUGGAGUGCAUUCUUGAACGGCUCAACUCUCAGCUGGAGCCCAGCACAAAGGAGGAAACCCUACAGGCCAUGAGCUCACUAGCAGGCAGCAACACCCACACCGUGGUGCCCAUGCUGCUCAACAAACCCCUGCCUUGGGAUAGAACCCAACUGGCCCUGUGGAAGUCAUUUGGCACCCAGCAAGAAACGACAAUAAAUGUUCUGCAGCUGCUUAUGGGCAUCUUGGAGAAGUCCUACACCAGAGAAGAACGGAAGGAGAUGUCCUUCCAGCCUGUGGCGGUAGCAUGUGCCUUGUGUGAGAUGCUCUCAGAGACCAUAUGCCAGGAGGCUGUUCAGGAGCUAUACCCACGACUAUUGCUGUCUGUGCUGUGCCACCUCUACUGGGUGAUUGAGCAACGUUCCCCACAGAAGAUGGUGGUUUACACCAAGGAGGGGUCUCCAGGUGGCAAGAGCAAGCCUUUUGACCCCACUGGUUGUGCCUUGGAGGUAGUCAAAUUGGUGUUCAAGGCGGCUGCAUAUGAUGAAGUGGUAGUCUAUGCCAGUGAACAUCAAUGCUGGGAACUCCUGUCCAGCCCCAAAUCUUACUACAUAGGUAUCAUGGACUUGACAAGUGGCAUCGUGAAGAAUUGUGAACCCUUUAUCCUGCACCGAAUUGUGAGCCAUGUCAGGAACCUACUCUAUAGCUUGGAUGAUCAUCAGAAGGUCAUGGCCAGGACCUUCUAUGUGCAGCUCCUCUGGCACUCGUCAGUAGCAAAGAUAAUAGGGCAAGACUUUGUGGGUGAUCUAAUCAGAUGGAUCAAGGAGCCCAACCUCAUCAUGAAGGAAAUCGGUCUUCGAGGAAUCAGUAACCUGGCACUACACCCAGGAAAUUCAGAGAUACUUCAGAGCCUGGUUCCACUUUUGCGAGACUUACUGAAUAACGAGGUGCGAGUAGCAGUGCAAGCAGUGAAGACCCUGCGGAAUAUCAUCUACCACGGGCAAGGGGAGGACACCAAGGUGGUCUUUUGUAACAUCUCCAGGCAACUGCGUCCACUCAUCAAUGAUGAGAGGGACCAAGUGAGGAUCUCAGCCAUCUCUGCCCUAAGCUACAUGUUACGCCGAAUUUUCAAAUUGAAGCCUGGGUCCUUUGUUCGCAAAGAGGUCUUCACUUUUCUAGUCCCAUUGCUGCUCAGCAUUCAGGACAACAAUAUUGAGGUGGUUAAGGCCUGUGGCGGGACUCUGACUGAGUGGACUCACGUGCUUGGCUGGUCAUCACUCACAGAGACGUUCCGGCAUACCACACUCAGUGAUCACAUCCAGGUAGUAGAAGAAACUUGCAAAUUCCUGGUGGGCCAGCGCAAAUAUCAUCAACUUGGGGACUUACUAUUCCAGAGCUUUGGCUUCCUGAAGCGACCACAGCCCUUCCUAAGGGCAGCUGCAGUCAAUUUCAUAGGAUUAACAACUAAGAGCAUAAACAUGAAUUGCAUACAUGAUAAUGAUGUACAGCUGAUACGGCAUGCUCUUGAAUGUGUGAAGAAUGAUCCCAGAGAUGCUAUCAAGGUGAUAGCCAAUGCUAUCCUGAAAAAAAUAGAUGAAGAUGUGAAGAUCCAGGGUUCCUAUGCUUCCAGGCUGAGCCAAAUCAACAGUAACUUCCUCAGAGGUUUUGGCAUCAAAACCAGAAAGAGAAAGAAGCACCUGUUUAGGACUGUCAAACGGGAAAUAGAUAUUGAUGAGAAUCAUUAAAACAAAAUCUCAAAUUGGU